GUCUCCGAUUCCCAGGGCUUUGGGGAUCAAUCGCCCAUGGAGGGCGAUGGCUCCCCACGCAGGUCUCCAGGAAUGCUGGCGCCUCCACAGCCCGAUCAGGAUGCCGUCGAGAACGGACUCGCUUACUCGUCGCCAACGUCGCCCAGACCGUCGGAGCCGCCGCCGCCGUUGGACUCUUUGACGGGCGAAGGUUGUUUUUCUUCCCAGAACGUUGAGGCGAAUAGCGUGCGGCAGUCACCGAGGAUGAUGAGAUUCCCCGGCCCUGGCUCGGACUACCCCAUUUUUGAGGCUUCAUCUGCUAAUCAAGAUGCCGCCAAAAAUGGCUGCAUUGGUUCAUCACCAAUGAAGCUUGGAUCGCCAAAGCCAUCGGUAUAUUCUUUGAAGCGCAAUUCUUGUUCGUUUGGACAAAAGGCCAAGAAGAAUGACCUGUGGCGGUUACUGAGGGCCUUGAUAUCAACCAGGACCCUAUCGGGUUCCACUCUGGUUAGUAAUGAUGGUUCCAAUAUUGUGGCUAAAAAUGGUGGCUUGCGCCGCUCCGCAAGGAUAUCCAGAGCUGAAAAUUCUAGCUCAAACUUUACAGCGAAUAACGACGACUGCAUGACCACUCAUGAAAAGUUGUUGGAGAAAGGCAAUUUAAGGCGCUCGCCAAGAAUCAAUAUGGUUAGUAAUGAUGUUUCCACUCUGGUUAGUAAUGAUGGUUCCAAGGUUGUCGCUAAAAAUGGUGGCUUGCGCCGAUCGGCGAGAAUAUCCAGAACUGAGAAUUCUAGCUCAAACGUUAUAGUGAGUGACGGUGAUUGCAUGACCGCUCCUCGUGUCAAGUUGUUGGAGAAAGGAAAUUUAAGGUGCUCACCAAGAAUCAAUAUGAGAUCCUUCAGUGAGAGUGGGAAAUCCAAUGAUUUGAAUGGUGAUACACAUCCAAAGAAGCUUGAGAGCAGGAAAUCACCUGGGAUGAAAGAUUCACGGCCUCCUAAGAAGCUGAAGCUCUCUUCAAAUGAAGUAUUAGUACAUCCUAUUAACCCGAAUGUCACUUCUGAAUCAAGUAAGCUGUGCAACAAUAAUAAUGCAUGCUUCUUUGUUGGCGAGACUGUGCCGGAGGAGGUGGCAAGGCAGAGGUGGCCCCACCGCUUUGGUUGGAAGGAUAAAGGGGGAAAUAGAAAGAGCAGUACCUCCAACAUUGAUGAUGAAGAUGAAAUCAUCCUAGAUGUUAAAUGCCACUACCAAAAAGCUAGCAUAUGCGGAUGCCUAUUCGACAUUGGAGAUUGUGCAUAUGUAAAGGGUCCAAAACACAAGCCCAAUUAUAUUGGCAGGAUCUUGGAAUUUUUUGAAACAAAAAAAGGGGACUACUACUGUAGAGUGCAAUGGUUCUUUCGAGCUGAAGAUACUGUUUUGAAAGAACAAGCAGCACUCCAUGAUAGAAAGCGACUUUUCUACUCUGACCUAAAGAAUGACAACUUAUUAGAUUGCCUUGUUUCAAAAGUUCGGAUUGCAGAAGUUCCUGCCAGUGAAUGCUUGGAGUCUAAAUCUAUUCCUUCAUGUUAUUUUUAUUGUGACAUGAAAUACUCCGUGGAAUAUUCUUCAUUCUAUAAUAUGCAGUGCAGAAAAGGCAAUGUUGACCUUGCAUUGGAAAAGACAGAGCUAGGUUUAUUAGAUCUAUAUUCUGGCUGUGGUGGGAUGUCAACUGGGCUUUGCUUUGGAGCUCAUUUCGCUGGUGUAAAACUUGUGUCGAGAUGGGCAGUUGACUCCGAUGAGGCUGCUUGCGAAAGUUUUAAACUUAAUCAUAAAGAAACUCAAGUUAGAAAUGAGUCUGCCGAUGAUUUCUUUAGCUUAUUGAAAGAAUGGAGAAAACUCUGCAAAAAAUAUUGUGUAAAUGUUGGUAAACUAGGAGAUUCUUGUUCAAAGAACUUUAUACUGAAAUACUCUAAGAGGAUUACUGACUCAAACUUCAAGAUCUCAGAUGGAGAAUACGAAGUACUGAAGAUAGUUGAUAUAUGUUAUGGAGAUCCCACUAGUACAGGAAAAUCUGGUUUAAAAUUCAAGGUACGAUGGAAGGGCUAUGGUCCUGGUGAGGAUACCUGGGAACCAAUGGAAAGUUUAAGCAAUUGUGAAGGACGACUAAGAGAAUUUGUGACAGAAGGGUUCAAGUCAAAAUUAUUACCACUUCCUGGGGAUGUAGAUGUGGUGUGUGGAGGCCCUCCAUGUCAAGGUAUUAGUGGCUAUAAUAGGUAUAGGAAUUUUAGUGCACCUUUAGACGAUGAAAAAAAUCGACAAAUAGUAGUUUUCAUGGACAUUGUACAAUAUUUGAAGCCUAAAUAUGUUUUAAUGGAAAAUGUGGUGGAUAUCUUGAGCUUUGCUAAUGCUACACUUGGACGAUAUGCUCUAAGUCGUUUAGUUUCUAUCAACUACCAAGCUAGACUUGGGAUCAUGGCUGCUGGUUGUUAUGGUGUUCCACAAUUUCGUUUGCGUGCCUUUCUAUGGGGGUGUCACCCUAAUGAGAAACUGCCUCCAUUUCCAUUACCAACUCAUGAGGUGAUUCUGAAGAGAGGUUCCCCAGUGGAAUUUGAGCGUAAUCUUGUUGGGUAUGAUGAAGACCAACCACGGGUGCUUGAGAAAGAAGUCAUCCUUGAGGAUGCCAUUGCUGAUCUUCCAUUAGUCAAACAUUCAGAAGACAUGGAUCAGAUGCCAUAUGGAAAAAGCCCUCAAACCGAAUUCCAGCGAUACAUUCGGAUGCCAAAAGAUGAAAUGUUGGGACUCAAAGAAAAUGGUGCAAAAAUAUCUAAAUCUAUGUUGUAUGAUCAUUGCACUUUACCACUAGGGGAGGAUGAUUAUUUAAGAAUUUCACAAAUUCCACGAAAAAAGGGAGCAAAUUUUAGAGACCUCCCUGGUGUCAUUGUUGGUUCUGAUAAUUCUGUGCAAUUUGACCCCACAAGAGAGAGAGUACUGCUACCAUCUGGAAGACCACUGGUCCCAGAUUAUGCCAUGAACUUUGGACAUGGAAAGUCAUUAAGACCUUUUUCUCGUCUAUGGUGGGAUGAAAUAGUGCCAACUGUAAUCACCAUACCUAAUUUUCGCUGCCAGGCUAUGAUACAUCCUGAGCAGGAUCGGACCCUUAGUAUCCGUGAAUGUGCAAGGUUGCAGGGCUUCCCUGAUUUCUACAGAUUCUAUGGGACAGUGGAAGAAAGAUAUCGCCAGAUCGGCAAUGCUGUAGCUGUUCCAGUCGGCCGCACUCUGGGUUAUGCUUUGGCUAUGUCAUGGCUAAGAAAAAGUGGAGAUGAGCCUUUGAUGACACUCCCAUCUAACUUCUCAUUCUUAUGCAAACUCCCUACCUCUUCUUAGGAAUUUAUCUUGUGAACAUAAUCCUCUCUUUGUCAACUCCAUUGAGCUCUAAGAUUUUUACUCAAGGCCUACCUUGAUCGAGAGGGAUAAAUUCUCCUUACUAUUGAUAAUUUGACCCUCUGCUCAUUUAAUCCUUUGAACCUGUAACCAAUCCGACUAAUGCUAUUAAGAUUCAACUGAACAUAGAUGAAUUUCUUUCUCCCAUUCCUUAAAGAAAAUUCGUGUCUGCAUUUAGAAAUCAUCCUGUAAAUUAGAUCUUUGCCCAUUGACUUGUUGUUCAUUAGCUUUCCUCAAUCCAUUGUUCCUCUACUGGGGAGGGUGACUUUCCAUGCGUCUCCAUCGUUGGUGGUCUACUGGUUGAUUACAUUUGGCAUUUGAUGCAAGUUGUCCGAGAGGCUGUUGUUGUUGCUGAUUGUGUAACUUUCUAUUGGGAGCUCUAUCUGAUCUGAAGAAGAAUUAUAGUAAAAUCAUCUGUCUGAGUUAGGGCAUUUGUAUUGCUUACAGUAGUGACUGACAAAGACUUGUCUUUGGCAGUGUAAUAUAGUGACAAUUCCCUGUUGUAUUAAUCUUAUUUGGGUUCUCCAAUCUUCCAAGAAUAAGAAAACGGAUAGAUGGAAGAAACUUGUUGCUUGUGCUGCCAUUUUUCUUAGAACGGAAAACGGAUGUGUUACAAAUGAAUUGAUUUCAUCUGGUUGCUUAA